CAGGGGGCGGGUUCAAGACUCUGUCAUCUGUCCAUUACCCGGCCAGUGACGGAGAGGGAGGGAUGUAGGAGGAGAGAGAGAGCGACAGAGAGAGAGAGAGAGAGUCUGGCAGACACAUGGCCAGUGAAUGAGAAGAUCUUGCCCUCAGUACACGGUGUCUUUCACUGGCUUGCUUACUUCAGAGGACCAGGGCAGACUGUGAUGGCUGAAGUUGAACUUCAUAAGGAAAGGCUCCAAGCCCUGGCGGAAAAGCGGAAAAGACAAGCCGAGAUAGAGGACAAAAGAAGACAACUCGAUGAACUUGUUCUACAACUUCAACAUUUCAAGUCUAAAGCCAUGAGGGAAAGAUGGCUUCUGCAGGGGACACCAGCAGUGCCACAAGAGGAAGAUGAAGAUCGGAUAAAACAAGUUGAGCAAGAUGAACUUCACGUCAAGACACUAGAAGAUGCCAUUCACAGAUUGGAAUCAGAAAUCUGUCUUUUGGAGAAUGAAGAAUCCCAGAUCUCAGCUAAAGAGCAAGUUCUCCGAGAGCGCCUGCGGGAAACAGAGAAAUCUAUUGAAGAUCUACAGAAGAGUCUUCAGAAUCAAGAUGGAGAUGCGGUGAAUUACAACUGCUCCCAGAUCCCGGACCUCCCAGAACUGAACUCCCAAUCUCCCUUCUCAGCUUCAGGAGAUCAGCAGCCGGCAAGAAAAUCUGCAUUAUACGCCAUGGAGAUCAGUGUCGAGAAGGACCGGAAAACAGGUGCCACCAAGAUCCUCUCAGCCUCAGCGGUCAGCCCGCAGGACGCUCACCAGAGGGGUGUCAAAGUCUACGACGACGGCCGUAAAGUGAUCUACGAGGUGCAUUCUGGAGGAUCCACUACACUGGAGAACGGCACGCACCCCUGGAGUCCCGGCGAGGUGGAUGAGCUCAUGCAGCAAGUCGGCAAGACCCCACCACGAAGCGACGGAGCCCGGGUCACUGUCACACCACCUGAACCCCAGCCAACGGGAGCACAGCUGAGCUCCAAGCAAGACAACAAACAAUCCCCUAGGAAAGCCGAGGUCACGGAGGUCACGCAGACUCCACAAGCCUCAGCCGACAAACCAGUGACCAUGAUCUUCAUGGGCUACCACAGCGUUCAGGACGAGGAGGAAUCCAAGAAGCUGCUUGGCUUCGAUGGCACCAUCAAAGCCGAGAUCGUCCUCAUCGACGAGGACGAUGAGAAAUCUCUUCGGGAGAAGACCGUCACAGAUAUCUCCACCAUCGACGGCAACGCUGCAGACCUGGUGUCGGGCCGGCCUCUGUCAGAGACCACCGAACUGUCUUCAGAAGGCAAAGAUGAAAGCUCGACCAAGGAACUGCCACCCACAGGCGGGGAGAAGGCACGUUCAGUGCUGCUGACACCCGAGAACGGACUGUAUCCUACAGCCACACCACGAUCUGCUGACUCUCUGAAGUCCCCUGUACUCUCAGAGGAUGACAGUGAGCUGAAAAGCGAGAGAAGCCUGAAGACUGUGAGUUUUUUCGAUUCUGUGAGUCUGAUAUCCAGUGGUGAGAGCAGUAUGGAGCUUGAAACUCAGACCGACUCUCAGCAAAGUUAUGAGAGCAGUGGACAGAACAUAGUGAGAGAUGGAAGAGAAGGAAUGGACAGCGAAGUUGCCAAGGAAAUCCUUUACCUGGAUGAGGUCCUUGAGGCCAACUGUUGUGAUGCCAGGGCAGAAAUGACUUCAAAUGGGACAAGUUCCCCUGAUAUUAAGUCAAUUCAAGUUCAUGGAACUGGACCAUCUGUGCGUACUUGUGACACAUCUCCCUUAUACAACCAUGAAGUUGUUUUAGAAGGAAAAAAACAGACCACUUUUGUUGAUGACAACUUCAACACCAAACCCAAUGGUCAUACAAUGGACUGCACAAGGUCACCUGAGUCACCUAGGACAGCAAUCAAGAAAGAGGCCCGUUUUGAGCUCCGACCAUUUCAUGAAGAGAAGAAACCAUCGAAACUAUUCGACACCCCAACUAAGAAAGAAGUUCGGGUGAAGAAAAUCAGACCCUCGGAGGAGAUUGAAGAGCUAGAGAGGGAAAGGCUGGAACUCAUCCGGGGUCAAGCAGUCAAGAAGAAUCCUGGAAUUGCAGCAAAAUGGUGGAACCCACCUCAGGAAAAGACACUGGAAGAGGAGCUAGAGCCAGAGCAACUGGAGUCGCUUCGAAGAUAUGAGGAGAGGAAGCAGAUGAGAACAGACGUCAACCUUAUGCCUCAAGCUGCACCCAGACAGACAACCUUCUUUACCCAACCUGAAAUAGAAAAUAAGGAGGAUGUUGUCAUGGAAGAGAUUGACUUUUCUGCUGCACGCAAGCAAUUUUUGCAGAUUGAACAUAGCAAGCAGCCCACAGCCCCUAAGAGGAAUGUGGCACCACAGCUUUACUCUGCCAAACCUUUCUCCAGGACUUCAGAGGUCACACAUGUAGAGAGGCCAUGCGGUUCUGUUACAGUUGCCAAUCAAGAAGGGGUCACAUCCUAUAAUGGAAGUGAAGUUUCUACAGUCAAAGCUGAAAAGAUUUACUGCUACUCUGAAGAAUCUGCCAUGCCACCCAAAGAAAAUUUGGCUCAGAAUGAGUUGAAAGAUGAUGAAUUUACUUGUGCCCGGGCAGUGAUGACCAUUGUGAAGGAAGAGGACUCUGAUUUGUGUCAACGCUCUUUGAACAGCUCUUACCAUAUGGAAGAAAUUGACUCCGGAUUAGAUGACCUAUCCCUUCGAUCUCAGGACACCACUGUACUUGAGUCGCUCUCCAAUGACUUCAGUAUGGACAACAUAAGCGACAGUGGUGCAUCAAAUGAGACCAUGAGUGCCUAUUUGGAAAACUCUCUUGGAGAAUACUCUUUUCCCUCAACUCCAAUGGCCACUACACCAAUCAAUGGAAAACAUGAAAGUGGAAUCAAAUCUCCAAGUGAACAGAGUGGGUCUUAUCAGGCAGAUGGCUUGACGGAAGAAGAGCUGGAAUACCAUGCAGGUAUUCUUGUCCAAAACGCUAUCCAACAAGCCAUUGCUCAACAGAAUGACAAAUGGGAGCCUUUACAGGCCACACAACAUUCAUCCCCCAUUCCUGAGAGACAUGUGGAAAGUAUUGAACCACAACCCCAACCUUUAGUGGAGAGAUCUGCUGCAACGCCACCUCCCAAAGUGCCAUCCCCCCUGGAGGAGAAGAAAACAAUUGCUCCUCAGAUAACUGUAGUCCAAGCUGCCCCGGUUAUCCCAGUGAACACUUACAAACCUCCCAGUCCCUCUCCACCAGCAAGUGAGAAACCAGAAUUCAGCUAUUUCAGUAAGUACUCUGAAGCAGCAGAGCUCAGGAGCACCGCAGCUGUCACUCGUUCUCAGGAAACAGAGGUCACCUCAGGACCGUUCAAACUGCGCUCACGCAAACAGAGAACCCUGUCCAUGAUCGAAGAGGAGAUUCGGGCGGCCCAAGAGCGUGAGGAAGAAUUGAAGAGACAACGACAGGCACAAACAUUGCACCUGCCCCGUACACAGAAGCUAAAGUCCGGCACCCAGCCGAACAAACUGGUCCUUGCUGGGAAGACAGCACCAGGUAAGAUAGAGAAGGUUCGUCCAGUUCCUCCAGCAUCGCCGUGCUCUUCAGAUGGAGCUCUGCCCUCGCCGCUGUCUGAUCUGGGCAGUGAUGAUUCUGGAGGACAGCGACCCAAAAACUUCAUGCAGACUUUGAUGGAGGACUACGAGACACACAAGGUCAAGCGCCGGGAGAAAUCUGAGGACAACAGUUAUGUCCGCUCAGUUACAACUGAGGUUCUGGAGGCAACGCGUGUCACUCGCAGAAAAAGUAACAUGGCCAUCCGGUGGGAGGCGGGAAUCUACGCCAACCAGGAAGAGGCUGAGGAAGAGGAGGAGGAGGAGGAGGAGGAAGAGGAAGAGUAAACUACAUUUCCAUUGUAUCCCAAAAAGAAGGAAAAAAGAGAGAAAACCCAGAGGGAAAAUGUGCAACGGGACAAACACAAGUAUUUAUUGGGAAGUCAAACCCCAACAGCAAUUCACACCUCUCUGAAGAUUUGUUUCAGGAGACUAUGGAAAAAAAAAAAAAACCCGAAGACUACAGACACUAUACCGCUUCACACUUUCACGAACAAGUUAUUGGUUUUUCUUUUGUGCUGAUAUGCUUUGAGAAUUUUUUUUUUUUUUGGAGACUUUUGUCAUUUAUGAUAAGUGUGAAGAUCACAUUGCAUUUGAAUUCACUAAGGUUAAGGAGAACUUGGAAAAGAAUGGAAAAUAUGGGAUAAUAUGCUGUUAUUAGUAGACGGAGCUCAGAUGUAGAUAAUAGUGUGACAACUGAUUUGUAGCUAGAUUAUUGACAUUUCGACUGUGCCAUGUAUAUGAACUCAGUCCUGAGCCCAUUCAGAAAGCAGAACUACAUAAAUGUGUUUUGCAGUCUCCCAAACUCUCAUUAGUUUUCCUGUUAAUCACAUGAUCUCAGUUGCAGGCUGUAGGGAUAGGAAGACAAAUCAUUCUCCUCACUUUGCCAUAUACAGUUCAGAGCGAAACUUUAAUGAGGAGGACAAACGAAAGUAGGGCACAGAUGUUCACACCCUUGAAAGAUGUUGUGAGGUUUGUGAGAACAGACCGAUAUAACAAUAACUCCAAGCAGAAGAGGAAGAAGCGGUAAGAACCUGCUGAGGUGGCAAUGGCUCGGCUUUCUCCAUUGACGAAAGACAGGAAACGCGUGUGAAAUUUAACUUUAGGAUGUUGUUGCUGGUGGAUGGAGGUAUACUGUAAUGCAGAACAUUUAAUGGCUGAUGUAGAUGAUUUGGGAAUGUUUAUGUUCUGUUAUGUGUAGCGCAGGAGAGCAAAAAUUAUGGAAAGAGCAUGAUAUGUAUUCACUGAAUCGCUUGGUUUUUCCUUUAAUCUUAAUUUAAAAGGUUGAAUAUUUCUCUUUGCAUUCUCCUUUGGCGUUUUUGAAGCCAUUAUAAACAGAAAUUGUUAAUGGUAUUGCAAACACUUUAUUGAUUUAUAUGUACACAUGAAAUGUUGGAAUGGUUUAUUCUUUGUUCACAUUAUUUUAAAAUAUAUAUAUAACAGAUGUUAUAUAUAGGACACUGACAUCAGCGAUGGACGUCCAGAGACGAAGUGGACAAAUACAUGGACAAAUCUUUCAUCUUUCACUUCUCAUUUUUGCCUUUGGUUGGAUGCGUUCUUCAAACCACAAACAAAGAGGAUCCUACAAGCUUUAUUCAACAAUGUGGCUUUUUUAUUUUUUGUACCCUCCACAUAUAAUAUAUAUUACACAAAAGUAUUUAAUGGACUGCUGUCCUUUUAUGAGUAUACAUGAAGUAUUUGUAGUCUCUCGAUAUAUAUUGCAUAGGUUCUCAAGUUGCAGGCAAAAUAAAAAAUACAGUUAUGCAUUGUUAUACCAUCUAGAAAGAUACAAAUGCGUGUUUUGUGGAGAGGGUGCGUUGACUUUAUUUAAUGGAUGGAAACAGAUACGUGUUGAUCUCUGGAUCCUGACUUUCUGGAGUGUUUGUUUGUGUUGAUGCUUGAUGUGAGAUUGUGUGAUGACCAUCAGUUUUACUCAGAGCAGGGUAUUGGGUUUUUACUUGGAUUCUUUGAUAUGAGCUGAUUAAUGUUGGUGAGCAAAUAAUUUGAAUUUUAUAAGUGGAAAAUAUUUGUAUUUGAACAGUGUUCCUGUUUCGACUGGUGUUUAGUGCUAUUGCAGCACAUUUAUUCAUAUAUAUACUGCGUUGUGUGUAUUUGAGGGCCAAGUGUGCUAUACUAUAUGCAGUUUUCAUAAGUUUGUGUAGGUGCUAACAUUAUUAGCACAGAUUGAGUAGUUAAAGUUUUGACUGUGAUGCUGUUGGGUUUUGCAUCAUGAAACAUGCAGCGUUCAAAUGAAACGUAAAGCCAGCUUAUAGUUUUCCUAAAGAUGGCAUGCUUUUGUAUUAUAAUGUAUGAGAUAUGGACAAAAAAAAGGUUGUUUUUACCUCAAAAAGCUAAAUUAUAAGAAAUAAGCCAAAGUUCAAAUCUGUAAUAUAGGUAGGCUAUUAGGAUUCCUAUGGCAUAGGAAGGUGGCCAAAUUACUUUUAACACAGACUACCAGAGGAAAAAGGAACCGUUAGAAAUGGAGCAGUCUUGCAGUUGUCGAUGAGUUAAAGCAUUAUGGCAAAAGUAUGAGCCUUUCUUUUGGACAUCAGGGAACAGCAGACGAGAAUUGCGAGCACGUUAGUGAAAUUUCGCUAAAUAUUCGCAAAAACAUUAAUUGUCUAUUGUCAUGAAGCACAAUCAAGCAGCUUUCUGUUGGUUCACCACGACGAAUUCGAAGUUUCUAAAUUGGAAAUCGGGGAAUUUUAAUGCGUAUAUUCCUAUUUAAAUAACUGCAUUUCUCCCAUAAAAUCCUCCGAAACACAUGUAAUGUUGAGAAAUUUCACGGCUGAUGUACAGAUGUUGACAAAUAAUAACUGGGAUUCAAGUCUUCGCGUGAAGGCGAAAAAGUUUUCGUUCGUGUUUCAAUAAGGCUUGGGCGUUGUGAUGUCAUUACUUGGCUUGGCCGCCAUGUUGAUGGCCUCCUUUACCGCUACUCGGACUAAAGUGCAGUGUCUAGACCUACUCCCUCUCAGCCGUGUGUCUUAAUUUGAUUCAUUAAAAAUCUAUUGUGGGGUGUAAUAGCGCAACACAUAAUCGCCAUGGGAAAAAAAUGAGAAUGGAUUAGCUUACCUGCUUGGAGGCGUGACCGCGGAGACCAUAACAUCUGAAUAAUAAUUUAUAUCGCUUAAGUCAACAUUGAACAUUGAAAAAAAGGGAAAUUACCCUGGUUACUCAUCCAAAAUACGGGAUUUUUUUUACAUUCAUAUUUCUGUCGUAACGUUACAACAAAACUGACGCAUUAACUAAGCGAGUUGUGAAGCUAGGUCUGACGUGACUUUGCUUACGGAUUGGUGUGAAAUCGUGCUCUCACAACGCUAACUUAAAAAGCCCAACAUCACACUAAGGUUGCUUUCAAGUAAGUAAAACGAGGAUUUGAAAACAUGUUUCACUGGAAGGGCAAGGGGGUAGCAACAGGACAACAGCACAGAGACUGACAUGUCCGAUGGAGGGGCUAACGGGAUAUUUUACAGAAAAAUACUAAAACGGCAAGACAGCGGGAAAAGAGCUCAAAUACAUGAGAACCCCAGAAAUAAAAUGGAGGGUUGACAGCUACUAACUACACUUUUGAAACACAUAGUUAAAAGUACAUUUGUGGCAUUCCUUUUUAGUGUAUCCCUGUAAAUCCCACAUCCUUUUAGCGAUUUUAACGUAUUUUUUCUUCCUCCCAAUUCUGCUUCUUCUCAUUCGACUUGCUGUAUGUUUACAUUCGCGAGGCAAUCAACAUGGCCGCCACGUCCCAGAAUGCAACACGGCGCCCAAGCCCUAUUGAUCACGUGAUUCGUCCCAUUACAGACACAAAGCUGUUGGAUUAAAGCAGGGUUGCCAAGUCCACAGUCUACCUGGGUUGUCAGUGAUUGUUUUAUUUUUUUAGUCCACGGCUGCCCGGGAACGCGGUUUUGAUUUUGGGCUGGUUUUGUUCCAUAGAUCUGGCAACCCAGUUUGAAAGCGACUUUGGACACACUACUGAAUUACCUUUAUGUCUGUGAAAUUUCACCAAAAUGACGCUAAUGUGAUUGCUAAAGUUUUCAACUAUACUUUACACUUGUAGUCCAGCAUUUUCCUCGCCAGUGUCCCGUGUGCAUGACAACUACUGCGUCUGUUUCAAUAGCUUUUCAGUUUAUUUUAAGUUCCACAGAAGACAGUUUGUGCUUUUCAAAGAAAAAAUAUAUAUAUUGCCUUGAAAUCACAAGAAGUAUUGUUUUUUUUCACAGUUUGAACCAAGUAAACAGUGUUUUUUAUCUUUAACUUUGAAGUAACACCAAGAUUAUGUUACGUGUUUUUGCUCUUAUUGUUUAAAUAGUUAUUAUGACAAACCAUUUACAUAGGCUAUGCUUCCUUAAAAGGUUUAUUGAUUGCUCUAGUUUCCUUUGGGAGAAACCAAAGGAAUAUUGAUAUGGUGUGAUAAUGCAAUCAUGCUUUCAAAGCCCUCUUUUAACAUGUUAACCACUUAUCGUAUGUUAAUAUUCUGCCUAUAUUGUUUUAUAGUAAUUGUAAGUCUCACUCUUACACACAUAUAUAAUUAUUUUCUCAUUAAAAAGAAAAUGUGUAAAA